ACCAAGUUGGAUCCAGGGUGUCGGUGCCGAUACCAGCUGUGUGUUUACACUAUGCUUGGAGUUCCAUUCACAUUUGUCUCAUCGUAGCGCCAACUAUUCACACCGAAGAUGAUUUUUUCCAACCCAGGAAACACACUACGGACUCCCUUUCGCAAGCAGUCACCUGUCACCCUGCUGUCUCCGCCCAUGGCUCCGCCCAGUCCCGGUAGCAGCAGCAGCAGCAGCACCGCCGGCUGGGAGCAGCUGAGCAGGACUAACUUGUACAUCCGAGGACUGUCCCCGUCCACCAGCGACCGUGACCUCGCCCAUCUGUGCCAGCCGUAUGGCAAGAUUGUAUCGACAAAGGCGAUCCUGGACAAGGCGACUAACAAAUGCAAAGGGUAUGGCUUUGUGGACUUUGAUAGUCCGGCUGCAGCCCAGAAAGCUGUGACUGCCCUCAAGAGCAGCGGGGUUCAGGCUCAGAUGGCCAAGCAACAAGAACAAGACCCGACCAACUUGUACAUCUCCAACCUGCCUCUGUCCAUGGAUGAGCAGGAACUGGAGAACAUGCUCAAGCACUUCGGCCAGGUCGUCUCCACUCGCGUCCUGAGGGACUCCAGUGGAGCCAGCAGAGGAGUCGGCUUUGCCAGGAUGGAGUCGACAGAAAAAUGCGACGCAGUCAUUUCUCACUUCAAUGGCAAGUUCAUGAAGACGCCCGCAGGUGUGCCAGCACCUUCUCAACCUUUGCUCUGCAAGUUUGCUGACGGCGGGCAGAAGAAGAGACAAAGCCAGAACAAAUUUCUCUCCAGCGGUCGAGGAUGGCUCAGAGAAGGAAGUGCCAGACUGGCUGGAAUGGCACUCACGUACAACCCCAGUGCAGCUGCCAUGCACAACGGGUUCUUCCCAGCAGCGUACAGCAUCUCCAACAGGAUCAUUGCUCACACCUCCAUGUCUCCAUACAUGUCUCCACUCUCUGCAUACCAGGUGCAGAACCCAUCAUGGAUGCCUCAUCAACAUUACCUCUUGCAGCAUCCUGCUGCAGUCAUGUCGCCCCCUAUGGACCCUCCCUUGUCACUGCAGCACACCUCCAUGAUGUCACCGCUCACGCAGCACAUGAGUCACAUGACUUUGGGCACCACUGGAGGGUUCAUGGCGGCCAACACGCCCCUGGCAGGCGCUUACCUGCCUGCGUACUCGCACGUGCACUCGGCGUGCCUACCUGGCCAGGAAAACGGCCUGUCGUCACAGGCGGACACACCUGGCAACCCUUCCCCGUAUCCAUAGCAACACGGCGUCAACAAGCACCGCAGCGAGGACCCUUCCACGUUUUGACUUUUUGUCAAAACCUUUUCAAAGCCUUUCAUCGGGUGUUGGAAAUGACUGCGUUUUGAAAAAAAAAAAGUUUUUAUUUUCAUACAAGAAAUGUUUAUUUUUUACCAAAGAUUGUUGCCAAAUACAAGAAAGAAACACGCACUGCGACAAAUAUCUUCUUUUUUUUUACAAUGUUUUUAUGCUUGCUGUGUGGGCGUGGCCAUGGCAAAGUGUGUGUGCAUGUGUGUGUGUGUGUGUGUGUGUGUGUGUGAGGCGACUUCCCAUGGUGCUUUAGAAGGGCUGUGUUGUCUGACUCCACUCUGCCUUAACACUUUCACUACACUCUGGGCCUGAUCUACUAAGAGUUUGUGUGUACUAAAACACACUUGAUAGCACACAAAGCUGAUCUACAAGACUUCCCUCUCCCCAGCCACUUCGCUCGGGUGGCAUCCUGACCAGAUGCCCGAACCACCUCAUCUGGCUCCUCUCCAUGUGGAGCGGCUUUACUUUGAGCUCCUCCCGGAUGGCAGAGCUUCUCACCCUAUCUCUAAGGGAGAGACCCGCCACCCGGCGGAGGAAACUCAUUUCGGCCGCUUGUACCCGU